GAUCAACGCUUUUUGAAUACAACCUGGCGACUCGUGUUGCAGAUAGCGGCCCAUAAACCACGUGACCCUUAUUGAGCAGUCGGAAAACGCACUCUGAAAAUCUAGGCACACUACCUUCGUGGUUACGACAGGAACCCGACUGGCGUGGGGGGACACCGGUCCAGUCGUCGCGCGGCAGAACGUCGGUGCGUGCGCGCACGUGAGUCGCUACGCGGGUUCGUCAGCCCGCCUUAGUUGAUUAUCAAUCGGCUUCAUUGUGAGCGAACUGCGCACGGCGCCCGAUAAUGGUUCGGCGUCACUAUAAAGAUCGAGAUUAGAGGAAACAACGUACGCAGCUUCGCAACGGGAUACUGAGAGAUCACUCGCACGCACGCACCUCGAAGCUCCGAAGCAUCGCCCAAUAAGUGAUCGUUGCGUUGUCUCAAGAUGAGGAAGAACCGUCAAGAAUGGGAAUUGGAGGACGUUCGUCGGUUAUCUCAAGACAAAGGCGAGAAAAAAGACACCACACUGAGCCUCAACCCUGAAGGGACCAAAGAUGAGGGCCAGACGGAUGACUCACGUACUCAAUGGGGCCAAGGGCUACAGUUUUUCCUUUCGUGUCUAUCUAUUUCUAUUGGCUUGGGCAACGUAUGGAGGUUUCCCACUCUCGCAUACCAAAAUGGAGGAGGUGCUUUUCUUAUUCCUUACUUUGUGGUAUUAUUCCUCAUUGGAAAGCCAAUGUACUUCCUUGAACUUGCUAUUGGGCAGUUUGUGGGCAAAAGUCCCCUCAAGAUUUGGAAGUGUGUUCCUGGUUUUAGAGGUAUCGGCAUUGCUCAGAUAUUUUCGACAUUUUACACGUUGGUCUCUUACAACUACAUCAUGGCUCUGUGCCUGUUCUACAUGUUCGCGUCCAUGCAAAGCGUCCUUCCCUGGACUUAUUGUGACACCGAAUGGAGCGACGAAACCUGCUACGACAACGACCUGGAAAAUUCGACGAUGGAAUACACCGCCAACGUCACGUCGUCAGCAGAGCAGUACUUUCAAAAGUACGUCCUGAAGAAUUCGGGUGGCUUCACUUUGCCAUCAGCUUUGGACUGGCGAAUGGCGCUAUGCUUGCUCUUGGCUUGGGUUUGUGAAGCCCUCUCAACCAUCAAAGGUGUUGAUUCGAUUGGCAAGGUUGUCUACGUUACAUCUACAUUUCCAUAUGUGGUCUUGGUAUCACUGCUGGUGAUCACAUGUCUUCAAGAUGGAGCCUUUACCGGUAUUAAAGCUUUCUUCGUGCCCCAGUGGGAAAAAAUUCUUGACAUCGAGGUGUGGUUCAAAGCCUGCGAGCAGUCGUUCUUCUCUCUGGGAAUCGGGUUCGGUUACCUAGUCAUGUACUCUAGCUUCAACGAUUUUAAACACAACGUGGGAAGAGACGCUUUUCUCAUCAGUAUCGCGGACACCAUUACAAGCGUCCUCGCUGGCUGCGUGGUAUUCGGCACACUGGGGUCGUUGGCCCAUGAGCUGGGAACCGAUGACAUAUCCCAGGUUUUAAAAGGAGAAUCAGAUCUCGGCCUGGCCUUUGUAACUUACCCAGAGGCUCUCAGUCGGAUUUCGUUCAUUCCGCAGUUUUGGUCGGUGAUGUUCUUCAUCAUGCUUUUCAUGCUUGGACUGGGAAGUGGUGUUGGAGGUGUGCAGUUGGUAACCACAGUGCUCACGGACCAAUAUCCGGGAUGGAGCAAGUGGAAGAGCCAUAUCUCUAUACUUUUCUGUGUAAUUUCAUUUGGCACUGGCCUUGUCUUGUGCACUGACAGUGGAAACGCCAUUAGGCUGCUCUUCGACAACUACGGUGUUGGCCGGGCGUUAUUUAUUUACGGUACUUUGCAAGUUGUGGGAUUCGUCUGGAUUUAUGGCUUCAGAAAUAUAAUUGAAGAUUUUGAGUACAUGCUCAACAAGAAAGUCUCUUGGUACUGGAAGAUUACCUGGGGAUUCAUUACUCCAGUUUCUCUCAUUUCAAUCUUCAUCUACGGUACUGCAACCGAAGGCGGAUCGUCCAGUUUGCCUCCAAUUGGUCAGACAAUCGGUUGGAUUAUGGCCGGCAUUGCUGUCGGCCAGAUAGUACUUUGGAUGACCAUCACCUUCAUCAACGCAAAAGGCUCAGACAUACUUGAGAAACUGAAAACAACGUUCUCUCCGACUCCCUCGUACGGUCCGAGGGACCCAAAAGUCUUUAAGGAGUGGAAAGAGUGGAAAUUUAACAAGCGCAACAAUGCAUCCGUGACGUUACCUUACAACAUCAGCGGCCAAGUCAAUCCUUCGUACCAGAGAGACGAAGACUAUUGAUUACAAUGGCGGCCUUAGCUGUGAUAUUGCAUUGCAUUCUCAUCAUCUACAGUGUAAACGCAUGUUCAUAUCGUAUUUUAUUUCAAGUGAGCGGGCAUCUUAAGAUAUAAAAAAAAGGUAUAUGUAAUCUCACUUUGAUCUCACUAGAGGGAUGCGUCUUUAAAGUAAACUAUGACUGCUCGCAUCGCUCUCAACUUGCAUGUUCAUCACCUGGUAAUUCAAAAUCUUUACAACUCCAAGUGGCUUCCUUGGGUAAAAGGGUGUUAUUCUAGUUUGGCUUAAGAAUCGAGUUUGCCAAGAGGCUCUAAAAGUCAGUCUGUUUACUUUCGCCUCUAUUCCUUAGCGCUGACAUUCGAUCUUUUGAGAGAGUGUAAGAUGGCUUCGGCUGGCUCGAGCAACGAAAGCCAAAUGAUAAUCAGUGCUUGGUACAUUUUUUUUUUGCUCCUCUAAAAAUGGUGGAAUUUGCUUUCAUGUCUCUUCCGUCCGUGUGAAAAAAAAGUAGAAGUGUGCAGGGUGUUGUUUUAGGAUAUACAGAUUUGUUUUAAAAAAAGCUGUGAAAGCUACGCUAAUGCGGUCUGUGCGGGUGAGUUAUAUGGCCAGGGGACAAAAGCUAAUUUGACACUAUACGACGACUAAUUAACUAUAAAUUGUUAAUUUUUUUCUAUUUGUGAAAAUGUUUAUGUGGUAUUAAACAGAAGCUUGCUGAGAGUCGUUGAAAAUCACUGAAGUCGGUAAAUUUUACAAAUUUAUAAAGCACUUGGAAAGCACGAUAGUGCGCUAUAGUUACCACUGUGCAACAGGUGCAAAGCUGACGUUGCGGAAACGCGUGAGGUAAGAGAAAGAACCCGCGAGGGCGCGUUUUUACACCCAGAGCCUUGCGCCUGUUACACGACUAGUAACUUUAUUGCACCACGGUGCUUCCUCCGCUCUUUAAGACAUUCUAAAGUUUACUGAUUCAGUAGGAUUCGAUGGCGCUCAGCAAGUUUGUAGUUAGAACCAUUUGUUUUUCUUUACUAAUUAAAAAUUUGAUCAAUAAAAUACUAGUUAAUUAGUUGUCACUGUGAUGAUUAACCUCCUAUUAUGUUUCAUUGACCAUACGUAUAACUCACCUGUGAAGACCGCGUUUAUGUUGCUUUGACGGCUUAAAAAAAAGAUUUGUAAAGUAUAAACAUACACAGUGCCUAUCAGGAGGCGAACUUUUGGCAUUAUCUGCUUUCAUUGUUUAGGGUGAAUGUGUCAAGCGAGGUUUGGAUAAAGGCAUAGAACCAGACACUCAGUAUGUGGAAAACUACAGCUCGGGACACAAAGAAAAAACAAAUUUGUCAGGUACGAGUCUAGAGAGAAAAAUGCUACAAAUAACUGUUAUCAUGCCUUAUCAUCACUGGAGUCAGGCCAUUUGAUAAGUGAGAAUGUGAGAAUCAUCAUAUCUCGCGGAAAACCCAUGAAGGCAACUACCCGAUGUUGAUCGAUUUGUUAUCACAAUCGUUCAUUUGGUUCACGUUCCUUUUAGCGAUAUCGCAGUAUCCCUCCAUCAAGUGCCUUAUUGUCGACUUGCAUCUUCCCGAAACAACUGCCAUGUUCCGGAGCCAAUCAACAUAGUUUUUUUUUUAUUUGCAUUUUAAACAUUCUUUUAAGACUGUGACUUUUUUGUAUAUCUUUGUUUGGUCAUUUUUAUUCUCACCGUCACAACUGGCAUUUUAUCUUUAUCAAAGAGUGUGCUCUCACUUAUAUUUUUCUACUUCAGCUUCUUUCUGCUCGUUUUUCAGAUCUGCUUGUUGGCGGUUUUUUUUUUCAUUCUUGAAGUUUUACCUUGUUAUAGUUGUUUUUCUUGUUUUCUUUCUUUUUUUAAAGUCAUUAAGAAAGGUCUAUACCCGUUUUCACUUCAAGAACCGAAGUUAAAAAAAAAAUGUCGGGGAUUUGCAGAGCACUACUAAUUUACUCCUUUAUUUGAACAAUUAAGAUAUAUCUAGGUGAAUUUUAGACUAGAUAUAUGUUAUCUUAUCAAGAUGUCCACGUUCCAAACGCGAAGAGCAUCGCUUUUUUCUUCUACAGCCAAAUGUCGUAACAACUUCUUGGUGCCGCAUAUGACAUUUGAAAAAUGCGUAAAACUGGCUUCUUUCUUGAGGUGAAAGCGGGCAUAGGAAUGUUUUAGAAUGUAUAAAACUGGUCGGAAUUGUCAAAAACAUGAGGGAUCAAAUUUCCUGCAGGCGUUGUCAAGGGUUAGAAUUAACAUUACUAUUUGAAUUUCUCAGAAGUUGCAAGAUGAUUCGAAACGAACAUUACCGAAAUCAUCGAUAUAUAAUAUCACAUUACAUGUGUACUUCUACCAAGGUUGUUAUUGCAAAGUUAUUUGUGAGUGGCAACAUUUUACGAAAGACCGAUGCCUUGAAGCGAUUUCAUGACUUGUAUAUGUUGUAUAAAUAAGAUUAUUGACUUUGUUAGCACUCGACAACGUCGAGACCCUGUUUUGCAUCAUGUUAUGUGAUUCUAGUUUGUUGUGCACUUGUGACUAUUAAAACACCCUAAUCGUCAUUGUGUGAAGUGAUAUAUUUUGUACACAUGUCAUAGCCCUAUAGGGUUAAAAAUAUACAAAAUAAAAGCAUAAAUAUUUUA